AUGAGUCCAACAGCUUCAGGAGCUUUAAAUGGCCCGAGCAUCGAUAUAGACGUAGAUUCAGUGAUUGCAAAGUUAUUAGAAGUUCGAGGUUCGAGACCAGGCAAGCCAGUACAACUAACGGAAAAGGAAAUUAGAGGGAUAUGUAUGAGAUCAAGAGAAAUAUUUAUGAGCCAACCAACUCUGUUAGAGUUAGAUGCCCCAAUUAAAAUAUGUGGUGAUAUUCAUGGACAGUACUAUGACCUUCUCAGAUUAUUUGAAUAUGGAGGAUUCCCACCAGAUACAAAUUAUCUAUUUCUAGGGGAUUAUGUUGAUAGAGGUAAGCAAAGUUUAGAAACUAUUUGCUUAUUAUUUGCCUACAAAAUAAAAUAUCCAGAAAACUUUUUCCUAUUAAGAGGCAAUCACGAAUGUGCAUCAAUUAAUCGUAUAUAUGGGUUUUAUGAUGAAUGCAAGCGAAGAUAUAAUGUAAAAUUAUGGAAGACAUUCACAGAUUGUUUCAACUGUCUCCCAGUAGCAGCUAUAAUAGAUGAGAAAAUUAUAUGCAUGCAUGGUGGCUUAUCUCCAGAAUUACAUAAAUUAGAUCAGAUACGAAAGAUAGAGAGACCUACAGAUGUUCCUGAUACUGGAUUACUAUGUGAUCUUUUAUGGUCUGACCCUGAGAAGGAUGUUAGAGGUUGGGGUGAAAAUGACCGCGGCGUUUCAUUCACUUUUGGGCAUGACGUUGUUGAGAAGUUCCUCCGUGAUCAUGAUAUGGACUUGAUAUGUAGAGCUCAUCAGGUAGUAGAAGAUGGAUAUGAAUUUUUUGCUAAACGACAGCUUGUAACUCUUUUUUCAGCUCCAAAUUAUUGUGGAGAAUUUGAUAAUGCUGGAGCUAUGAUGUCUGUAGAUGAGACACUAAUGUGCUCCUUUCAAAUCUUAAAACCAGUUGAAAAAAAGAAAUUCAAGCCUUAG